AUGGGAAAUUCACCCUCUGCUCACAUGGUGCGAGCACUACAAGCACUGUUAAAAGAACGGGAUCUUAAGGUUUCAGAAGAAAAUUUGAGGUCCUUCUUGAAAGAAGUUGAUAGAGUGGCACCAUGGUUUGUUCAUACCGGAUCGCUGACACCACCUUGUUGGGAAAAGCUAGGACGAGAUAUAGACAGGGAGGCUGAGGAAAGGAAACUAAAACCUGGUACUCGGCCACUCUGGAAGUUGGUUAGGGCUUGCUUACAGGACAAGAAGUGUGAGGACUUGGUUAGAGAGGGACAGAGACUGUUGCAGGAGCACCAAGAUAGCAUGUCAGAAACAAAGACCCUUAAGAAAAAGGAAGCGCACUAUAAACGAAAAAUAGAAAAGAAAGAAAAUCAAAAGGAUUCUAAUAAGGAAAGGGAGGGUCCUAAACUGCUCUAUCCCACUAUAUCAGACCUGGAGUUGUUGGAACUAUCCAGUUCAGAGGACGCUUCCCUAUCUGUGGGGGAGGAAAGGGAACUAGAGGAGGCCACUGCGGCUUAUCGGUAUGGCCCUUUAGGGGCUAGACCUAGUGCCCCUCUUGCUCCUCCACCUUAUACGGGAAAAGGGGAGUCCGGUGUAAGCCACUCCUUCUGCCCGCCUGCAGUAUUGAGAAAAAUGAGACAGAUGUUUCCUGUUUUUGAAGAUCAAAACCAAGCCAGAUACUAUGAACCUUUAGGACAUAAAGUAUUAAAAGAUUUAAUGGAGUCAGUCAAAGCUUAUGGAGUCAAUGCUUUCUUUACACAGUCUCAUGUAGAGAGAUUGGCCUAUACAGCUAUGACUCCUUCUGACUGGAUGAGCACAGUGAAGGCAAGCCUGAGCAUGGGGCAAUAUUUAGAUUGGAAGUCCAUAUGGCACGACCUGUGUGCUAGUCAAGCUCAUGCAAAUGCGACAGCUGGACAGCCAGCAUGGAAUUUUGAUAUGCUUACUGGACAAGGACAAUGGGCAAACAAUCAAACAGUAUAUCCCUUACAGGUAUAUGCGCAAAUUAAUAGAUUAGCAGUUCAAGCUUGGAAAAGUCUGCCCAACAGAGGGGAAGUAUCAAGAAAUCUGACAAAAAUUGUGCAAGGCCCCACAGAGCCUUUUUCUGACUUUGUAGCACGAAUGAUGGAAGUGGCUGGGAGAAUUUUUGGUGAUUCCGAGGCAGCUAUGCCUUUGGUAGAACAGUUGGUCUUCGAGCAAUGCACCAAUGAGUGCAGAAAUACUAUAGCUCCUUGGAAAGGGAAAGGAUUACAGGUAUGGAUGAAAGCAUGCAGAGAAAUUGGUGGACCAUUGACUAACACAGGUCUAGCAGCAGCUGUGUUAUCAGCUCAAAAUUUGAGAGAGGUCAGAUGCUAUAACUAUGGACAAAAGGGACAUAUUCAAAAGAAUUGUUCUAAAGGCAGAGGAGUCAAAAUAGUAAGAAAACACCAGACAUGUGUCCAAAGUGUGGUAAAGGCAAGCAUUGGGCAAAUGAGUGCAGGUCAGUCAAGGACAUAA